AUGUUCUUUAAAAGAAAUUAUUCUUUUUGUUCUACUUUUCAUAAUAUUAGGGUUAGAUAUUCAUUAAACCCUUAUAAUCAUAUGAAUAUGAAUCAUUUAAGGUCUGCAAUUUUAAAUUUUAUAUUUGCCAGAAGCAAAGGUGGUUCAUUUGUUUUAAGAAUAGAUGAUUUAGAUUAAAAGCCUAAUUAAUAGAAUUUCUUUAAAAAUCAAAUAAAUAUAUUAUAAUAAUCAGGCAUAUAAUGGGAUGAAGGUCCAUAUAAUUAAUUUACUGAAAACGAAGGUAAAUAUGGUCCAUAUUUCUGUAGUUAAAGAAAGAAUAUAUACCAGGAUUAUUCAGAAAAAUUAAUAAAAGAGAAAAAAGCUUUCAGAUGUUUUUGUUCACACGACGAAAUAAAAAAAUUUAAAUAAAUGUAAUAAAAUAACUAAUUUAUUUACGAAGGAACUUGUUUAAAACUCACAGAAGAAUAAAUAGAAGUAAAAUUAUAAAAAAAAACUCCUUAUACAGUACGUUUAAAUACUUCCUAAGAACAAAUACAAUAAAAUUAAAAAUAUAAAGAUUCAUUAUAAAACUAAUAAGAAUUUUAAAUACAUUCAUCUUUAUUAACUUAUUUUGUUAUUAUUAAAACUGAUGGAAACCCAACUUUUCCUUUUGCAAAUGCCGUAGAUGAUUAUGUAAUGAAAUUUACUCAUAUUAUAAGAGAAAAUAACUGGAUGAGGGAUAUUCCUAAAUAAAAAAUAAUUUAUUAAUAACUUGGGAUUGAAUACGUUCCUAUUUUUAUGCAUUUACCUGAUUAUAAAGGAGUAUUUAUAUUUUUUCUUAAAUAUAUAAAUAUAUAUAAUUAUAUAGAUAAAUGGUCAAUAAUUAGAUAAUAAACAAUCUUAUUAAUUAUUAAAUAUAUAGAAUUUAUUAGAUUAGGGAGUUAUUUUUGA